UGGCGGGACAUACGCAAUGGCUGCGAAGUUGAAGUCACACAUACAGUCGUCUUUCAAGAUGCAUGGCCUCACUCUCCGGAGUGAGGCCAGCCGCUACCUUGUGGAUGUGUUGACCCCCGUGGCUGAUGUACAGAAGGAAACUUGGAUGGAGAAAAUCAUUGAGAUUGUGCAGAAGCAACCAUUAUCAUCAUCUAUGAUCGACCGGAAAGUUUGUGAAUCGGCAGUACAGGAGUGCAACGAUGAGCAGGAAGAUGAAGGGGACAAAGUGUUCUGUAUCAUCGAUGCGUUCUCCGUCCCAAGAUUUUCAUAUCAUUCAGAGAGGAAAAAGUUUAUUCCAGACAGCGACAUGGGAUAUUCCUCCCCAGUGCUACAUGGCAGCUCCCUGGAUAAAGCAGCACUGUUUCGUGACCGAUACACCACACUACACCAGCGGACGUUACGCCAUGAUCUGUUUACAGCUCCUGCUCUUGGUUCAGUCCCAGAAGAACAAAGUAAAAAGUUCCAGUUAAAGCCUGUUGAAUAUUUACUGGGAAGUACAGCCAAGCUUGGAGACGUCAUCAUUCUGGGGAUGCUGACUCAGCUGAAAGAGGGUAAGUGGUACCUGGAGGAUCCCACAGGAGCAGUGCCUCUAGACCUGUCUAGUGCUAGUUUCCACACAGGACUUUUUACAGAGAACUGUUUUGUGUUGGCGGAAGGGUCAUAUGAAGAUGGUACAUUUCACGUGACAGCUUUUGGUUUUCCCCCACCGGAGCCCAGCAAAACAUCAAGGUCAUACUUUGGAAACAUUAACUUUUUUGGUGGCCCGUCUAAUGUAUGUGUUAAGGCUUCGUCUAAACUGAGACAGAUCGAGCUCGACAACGAGGAUGCCAUGAUUGUGUUCCUGUCUGAUGUUUGGCUGGACCAUGUCAAAGUGAUGGAGAAGUUGAGAGAGUUAUUCACAGGAUACGCAGAGUUCCCUCCCACUUGUUUUGUGUUGUGCGGAAACUUUUCUUCUUCCCCUCAUGGGAGUAAUCAUGUUAAACUAUUAAAAGAAUCAUUUCAUAAUCUAGCAGACCUAAUUUGUGAGUUUCCAUCAAUAAAGGAGAAUAGUCGUUUUGUGUUUGUACCUGGACCCCAGGACCCUGGACCAUCCACCAUAUUGCCCAGACCAGCAAUCCCUAACUCCAUAACAGAAGAGUUAAGACGCCGAGUUCCGCAAACUGUUUUCACGAGUAAUCCCUGCCGGCUGCAGUAUUGCACACAGGAAAUUGUCGUGUUUCGAGAGGACAUCGUCACCAAGAUGUGUCGGAAUUGUGUCAAGUUUCCAGCAGACGGAGAUAUCCCAACCCAUUUUGCCAAGUCCAUCAUCAGCCAGGCUCACCUGUGCCCCCUCCCACUCCACGUCUGCCCGGUGUACUGGGCGUACGACAGGGGGAUGUGUCUGUACCCGCUCCCCGACAUUGUCGUGUGCGCUGACAAGUUCGACCCCUUCAACACCUCAACAGCCGACUGCACCAUCAUGAAUCCGGGUUCAUUUCCAAGAACAGACUUUGCUUUCAAAGUGUACUUUCCGGCCAGCAAGGAGAUUCAAGACAGCAAGAUACAGGACUAGCAGCACACAUCGAGAUGGCAAGGUUCAAGAUAAGGGACACGUAAUUAGAGUUGCACCAAGGUCAAUAUUCACAUCUACAACCAGGUUCUCACAGUAGUAAUGAAUAUUCCUUCAACUUUGGAAAAUUACAAAAUGGUCAAAAUAGUGUUAAUUUUGAAUAAUCAAACCAUUUGGAAAAUCUUGCCACAUGUUCAGGGAUUUAUUUAGGACUAAUUGCCUUUGGCUGUCAAAAUUUGGAAAAUAUUGUGAUCAAGAACUGGAAUGUUUUUAAGAUUCCAAUUUUCAAAAAUUCUGAGAAAUGCAGAAAUUUUUAAAUUCAUAUUGGGAAUGUUUCCUGUCAUUUGCUGUAGAGUAGGUUUCUAUACAUCCCUAAUAUGGUCAUGAAAUGUCCAUUAAAAUGUCAAUGAAAUUGUCCAUAGAUUUUUUUGGUCAUAUAAUGAAAAUUACACCUUGAGCAGUGUAAAUUUGACCCGGUAUUUAACCCAGUAACAACCCGGGGUGGUACAGUAGGCUCCAGAGCAAUGUGUUGGAGUCUCACAACACUGGUCUACGAGUGUGUAAAGGGUUGCAAUGUGUUUAAGGUGGAAUUGACAUUGCAAAAUGUGCAGUUUGAACUCUGCCCAUUAUCAGUCAAGGUGGUAGUGUUUUUUAAAACUUAAGUGUAUAGAGGCUCAAGUGAGGAUUUUGUCAGUGCUUGUCAAUUUGUGUGAUGAAAACUGUCUUUAGUUAAACCCACAAGAAAGUGGUUAUUGUUGACCUUGACCUUUGGUGCCCAAGGUGACCUGUCAUCUCGAUGUUGAUUUUGUCCUGCUUUUGUAAUAUAAUUGUAUAUUCCUAGAGGACCCUAAACAUUUCCCUUAUUUAUUAUCAUGGCUUCAUUAUGUUUAAGUAUCUGCCAAAACACAGAGAACAAAAUUCAAAACCUACCAUGUUUACAAUCAAGUGUUACAUGUAUAAACUUUAAGUGUACAGAAUUAUAUUUAUGGAAUAGCUCUCUUACCCAUGUUACUAAGUAUUUAAACAAAUAGUUUUAAGUGCUUUGGUGAGAGCAGAGGAUUGUACAAACAUUCUCCUUUGUUAUUUACAAUUGUCCUUUGGGAUGGUUGAGUAUGUUGUAGAUGGUGUUUUCAGUAUUUCCUAGUAUUUAGUUAAGAAUGACAAGAUCAGAUUUGUCACAGCCUACAUGCUGAACACUGUCUACGCAUCGGAUAAAAAAAACAUAGGAAAAAAUAUGAAAAAAGCAACAAAAUUCUGCAUACUUUUGAAGUCAAGGCUUCACCAAGGUUAUGGCUUGAAAUUUAAGCUGUUAUUUCACAUAAUGGAUUUUUACAGCAAAAAUGACUCCCAUUUGACAUACCUUAACUACUUUUUUGUUGUUAAUUUCUCUGUAAUCGUGGUGUCCUUCGAGUUGGAUUUCAUCAAAAUGUAAACUGUUUAGUGAUUUUUAGAGCAAUAGUUAUCACAAAGCAUAAAAUAAUGUAUCAGUUGAUGAAACAUGAAUUUCUCAAAACAUUAGAACACCACCACAAGAAUACUUGGUGUUUUUACUGUCAGAUUUGAAGUCUAUUGUCAUGACACGUGUGAAUCUUUCUGUAUCAUUGUAAGAGAGAAAUUGGCAAUCUCUGAAUUGGUUUAUUAGGAAUAUUGGAUGUAUUCAACGAUGCCAUUUGGGUUAUUCUGAUCAUGUAAUUCCCAAUAAUAAAAACACUGACAUGCAGAUUUUCUGCAGGAUAAUUUUGUACAAUACAAUCUGUGCCUUGACAGCGAGAGAAGUCGGACUUGACAUUACUCCUAGUCUGUAUUUGUAUCUGGUGAAUGUCAAACCAGAUAUUUUUGUCUUUUUCUGCAACAUUUGAUUUUCUAAUGAUAAUCUGUACAAAGACACUACUUUUCAACUUAGAUUAACAGUUUCCAUUCACCAGUAAGUUAAAAAUAUAUGGAGGAGGGGUGAUUCAGAUUAUAGGAGAUAAAACAUCACAUUUUCAGCUUCCAGUGCAGUCCAGUUUCAUCUGGAAUGAACCAGUUUCUACCCAUAUUGACUGCUACUUGUCAUCUAUUCACAUGCAUGGGCUAAACCGCUGGUUGUGUUCAGGCAUGGGUGUGGGCUAGCUUUUUCCACUGCCUUCAAUCUUGCACUUUUCAUUGUUUUGAAUAGUUGUCCAUUUUUCCAGUUUCCUGAAAGAAGUAUAACUGGCAUGAAUAACUUCAACUGUUAAUGACUUUAUCAACUUGUUGCCAUAUGUUAACAUCUGACACCUUGCUAGCUUGUCCUGAAUUAAUGAGUAUACAUGUUUGUUAGGCAUUCGAAGCAUUUCAUAUCAACUGAAUCAUUUUGGGUACAUAUGGUUUCUUUAUAACAUGGAAUUUUUUAAUGGACUGUGGUUUUUUGGUAAGAAGGAAUUAUAGGUAGCAAAUCAGCACUGCUUGCAACAGUGGCAUCCAAUCUGCCUCGAAUCGGCUUGUGCUUGUGUGCAUAAUUUUCUGUAGUAUAUUGUGAGAGGCAAAGACGUUUGCAACAAAUGCACAUUUCUCCAUUGCUGAGCACUAAGCUCAUCUUGAGACUUCGUUUUGUACAGGGUUGUAUGCAGGUCUAUUUUUAGUCAUGGGGAAAUUAUUUAUUUUAUUUCUGUAUAUUACUGAAUUGAUUACUUGUCUCUAUUUUUUAUGUUUUUCAAUGUCUAAAUAAAUAAAACAACAAA